GAGUUCAGAGAGAGAGAGAGAGAUAAUGGAGAUCAGACGGCAUGAUGAAGAAGAAGUGUACGAGGCAUCACGGACUGGGAGUGUAGUGCACUUAAACAGAUUGAUCGAAAAGGACCCAGACAUUCUAAGGAGAGUAUCCCUGCAGACCGGAAAAACCCCCUUGCAUGUAUCGGCUUUGCUCGGACACGCUGAGUUUACCAAAGCCCUUUGCACUAACAAUCCCAAACUUGCAGAGCGGGUGGACGCCGAUGGACGCACGCCCCUCCACUUGGCUUCUGCUGAGGGCCACAAGGAGACCGUCGAAGCUUUGUUACCUGUGUAUGUUGAUGCGUGCUUGCGUUAUGAUGAAAAGGGAAGAAUCCCUCUUCACUAUGCAGCCAUGAAUGGAGAAGUUGAGGUGCUUCAGAAGUUAAUUGAUAAAAAUCCUGAGUCCAUUUAUGUCAAAGUUGAAAACAAAUCUAAAGAAACAGUUUUGCACUUGUGUAUCAUACACAAGAAGUUAGAGUGCUUGAAACUGUUGGUUGAAAGAGUCGACAACAAUGGUGAGUUCCUCAACUCAAGAGCUGGCUGUGAUGGUGGUGUGACCAUCCUGCACUUAGCUUUGAUGCUAAGGCAAAUUAAGACGAUACGUUACCUGCUUUCCGUUGAUGCUAUAAGAGCAGAAGCAAUUGGUGUGAAUGGGAUGUCUCUGACCAUGUUAGAUAUCUUAGAGUACAGUAGCGUUGCAAGAGAGGACUUUAGCAGAAGCUUAGAAAUUCAACAGAUUUUGAUGGACGCAGGAUUAAUCAGAAGACAAAGUAAUGAAAAUGAUAAUCCUAACUCAGCUGUUGCCGCUGCUGCUGUUGUUGUAUCGCCAAGUCCAAGAACGGUAAAGAAGAAAAAGAAGGGAUCAAAGCCACCAGGGUGGUUCUGGAGAAAAUUGAUGAUAUGGUUAGGGUAUCCGCAUGAAUGGGUGAAGGAGACACGUGGCUCUCUGAUGGUUGUGGCUACGGUGAUCUCGACCAUGACUUUUCAAGACGUAGUCAACCCAGCUGGUCGUCUUUGGGUUGAUAGUCUUGCAAAAACUUCUAGAACAGUUUGGAGGGAAAAUAAUGAUACAGUCACUACCUUAGGCCAAGGUAAGGAUCCCAUGGAUUACUUCCCCAGUUUCAUAGCAUACAACACCGUCUCGUUCCUAGCUUCUUUGACUGUCACCCUUUUGCUCAUUAGUCGAUUUCCUCUCCACGAUCGGUUGUCCACGUGGCUCUUAUCGAUGUCCGUAUGCGUCACUCUCGCAUUCUUGGCACUCACCUACCUAAAGGUGCUGUCCAUGAUCGGCCCUAAUUACGGUAUUCAGGAACCAUGGAGCUUGUCAGCAAUAUUCAUAAUUCUUUGGAUUGUGUUGCUGGUCAUAGGCGGUGUACUUCACACUCUCAGGCUUCUUAUUUGGGUGAUGAAGUGGUUGCAGCCCAUGUACUUCAAGUCAACAUCAGGUCUCAAGAACAUGAUCACUACUGGCUCCUUUUCACACAAAGAUCCAACGCAUUUUGACGAGAAUGAUGCGCCUGCAGUUGUGUGAUUAAUCUGCCGCGGUGUGUGUGCUUGAAAAAAUCAUUAACUAGGUCAUACACCCUAUAUGUAUGUAGCGAUUAGGGUUUAGGGUAAUGAACUAGCUCAAUGACGCUUUCUGGAUCCGGGUUGGUAAUUCAAGAGUGUUGCUUAGUUAUGAUAAGUAAUCCAUCUGCUAUGCAAAUUAGAAGUGUUUGUUGUCUUUGAUGCUGGACGGUAGCUACUUUUUUUAUUAGUAUUCAAUUAUGUCAUAUGUUAUCACAUUAGCAAACUAACAACUGUUCUCAUUCUCU